AUGGCGACCGUCGUCGUCCACGUCCGUGGUGUGCCCGCAGGAGAGCGUGCGGCUGCCGGCGAGCUGCACAGUUUGUACAUCAUCAGCUUGGUGAACGGUGCCACCCUGCACAAGAUUGACGACCACACCAAGACAGGCCCUGACGCCAACUACUGGCAGAAGGAGGGUUGCGGAGUGGUGUGGGCCCUCCUGCACCUCCGCGGGAACGUUCUCGUAAGCGGAUCCGACGACAGCACCAUCCGCGUGUGGGACAUCGACACAGGCGCCUGUCUUACAGACGAGGUGAAAGUCGCCCACGAAGGGUACGGCGACGACGUGGGCGAGAAAGCGAAACAGUACAAGCUCAGCAGCGAGUUCGCGGCGAUAUUGAAGUUGGCCCACCUCGGGGACGGGAAGACGUUCGCGUCCAGCUCGUUCGACAGGUGCAUCGCCGUCUGGGACGGCACGGACGCGCGGAGCCUCGCGUGUCUGUGGCGCUGGAGGGCUGCCGACAACUCGGUGCUCGACAUGUGCUUCGUCGACGAGUCGCACAUAGCAGUCUGCUCCGCGGACUCGCUGGUGACGGUGUGGGACUGGCGGAAGCGCGAGAGGGCCGGGCAUGUCCUCAAGGUCCGCGCCAUACCUCAAGGCGCCUGUCGGCUGGACGACCGCCGCCUCGUGGUGGCCGGUGGCGACGCGACGCUCAGGAUCUUCGACUGGCAGUCCGGCGCGGAGGUGAAAUUUCCCAAGGAGGCCGGCGGGGAGACUGGCGUGGCCGGCGGCUUCUACGCGCACGAUCCCGGCCGGGCGUGGUGGGCACCAGCCGGCCCAGCAGCUGGCACCUGGUGGGCGACGAGUCGCCGCCGGGCGACAGCUCCCCCACGGCGUCGGGCGCCGAACCCAUCAUGUACCAGACCCACCCGUUUGAGCAAGGGCAGCAGGAGGCGAGGGCCGCCAUGUUAACCUUCGACAAGAGGCGGGAGGAGGCGCUCGUCUUCGCCAUGCCGCGCCCGGUCGACGACUGCCUCUAGCAGGAGUGUUCGACCCGCCUCGACUCCCUGGAGGGGAAGCUCCUGCAACAGACUUUGCUGACCGAUUGAGCCGUCAGUGCGGCGGCGAGCGAGUGCAUCGCGUCACGGUGGCGGAUCACUUCUCUUGGGACAGGGUCGAGCUUACCCAAGCGUUGGGAGCUGUCGAAUAGAGGCCCCAUGCUAUCUCGCCUGUAGCCACCUCUCUCGGGCUGGUGUGACCCGCGGAGAGGUUUCGCCUCGGAGCUCCGGCUGGGGCUCUCGAAGCGUCUCCGAUCAUUUGUGGCUGGGAGACGGCACCCAAUCUCGGCCACACGGACAUCUCAGCAUAAUAGCAGGCUUCGUUGCUCUCGCGCGCCGCGCGUGGGAAGCUCCACUCGCCGCGCGAGCCGCUCGAGAAAAGCGGGGUGCUUGAUGCCCUCGCCCGAGCACCAGUCUUGGAGGUUUGCGAGCCGGCACCAACACCGUAUCAGUGGGAGAUGUUCUUCGAUUUUGGGCCUGG